CAAGGUGAACUAAAAGUGCGGACACCUGGAACUUGCUGCCAUGUUUGUCAGGCUUCAGCUGUAUCCUGUCUGUAUCAAGGCCAGAGGUAUUUAUCGAAUGAGCAUUGGCAGGUGAAUGAGUGUACAACCUGUACAUGUGUUUCCGGAGAGGUGCACUGCCACAGUGAGAGGUGUCCACAAGUAUCCUGCACUGCUGAUGAGACUCCAGCCCUGAUCCCGGCAUGUGCUGUCCACACUGCAUUCCUCGCCCAGCCACCUGCAUUGCAUUUGGAGACCCACACUACAGGACCUUUGAUGGUAAAAUGUACCAUUUCCAAGGCAGUUGUACCUAUGUCUUCAGUGAAGACUGUGAAGGAGGAGACUUCAGUAUCCAUGUGACUAAUGAUGACCGUGGACAACGUGGAGUAUCGUGGACAAAGGAAGUGACUGUGUUGAUUGGGGAUGCUGUGAUCCAGCUCCUGCAGGACUGGGUGGUUGUGGUAGAUUACCAGACUGUAGAGCUGCCAUACUUAAAAGAACCUUAUAUAUAUAUUGAGAGGAAAACAAACACUAUUCUACUGAACAGUAACAUUGGAGUUAAGGUACAAUGGAAUGGACGAUCUCAUCUGGAGGUUAGCGUCCCAGGAACUUAUCGUGAUCAUCUAUGUGGG